UACUCUAUAAAUAUAUCCACCCUGUUGUCAUAACUCCCUUGUUCUCUUAUAUUCCAACCCAUAUAUAUCAUUUCAAACAUAUCAAUCCAAUAUAUUGUUAAAACUAGCUAAAUGGCGAAUAGCAAUCCAGCAGACGGAUCAGCGGACGAUUUCUUUGAACAAAUACUCGGGUUUCCUGCUACUUUCACCACUGCUAAUGAUCCAAAUUUGGCAGGAAAUGAACCUAGUUUAACUGGAACAGCAGCUACUGCUAACUCAAUGAUGUUACAACUAAGUUCUGCAGCUGCUGAUCACGGCUCGGGACACCAUCAGCAGCAGCAGCAGCAACACCAUCAUCAUUUAAGUGGUGGUGGUGGGUAUCAUUAUCCAUUAGGAUUGAGUUUAGAACAUGGAAAAGGAGGCGGGUUUUUAAAAAUGGAUAACGAUGCUUCUGGUAGUGGCGGUAAACGUUUUCGUGAUGACACUGUUGAUAGCCGAGUUUCAGUGUCUGGGUUCCAGGGUCAACCAAUGCCUAACAAUGUGCAAACGGCUCCAAAUCCACCUGCUGUUCGUCCUGCAAGGGUCAGAGCAAGGCGAGGACAGGCCACGGAUCCACACAGUAUUGCUGAGAGGCUUCGCCGUGAAAGAAUAGCAGAAAGAAUUAGAGCUUUACAAGAACUAGUUCCUAGUGUCAAUAAGACAGAUAGAGCAGCCAUGCUUGAUGAAAUUGUGGAUUAUGUGAAGUUCCUUAGACUUCAAGUCAAGGUAUUGAGUAUGAGUAGAUUGGGUGGAGCUAGUGCUGUAGCACCACUUGUCACUGACAUUCCCAUAUCAUCUGCUGAGGAAGAAGACGGUGAAGGAAGAAACCAGCCCGCAUGGGAGAAAUGGUCAAAUGAUGGAACCGAGCGCCAAGUAGCAAAACUAAUGGAAGAAAAUGUUGGGGCUGCCAUGCAAUUUCUGCAAUCUAAGGCCCUUUGCAUAAUGCCUAUCUCACUUGCAUCUGCAAUUUAUCAUACACAGCCACCAGAUUCAACCUCUAUUGUCAAACCUGAAUCUGAACCUCCUUUACAAUAACAAGCCUGUAAAAAAAAAACAAAAAACCUAUAAUAACUUGCAAUUUCUAUUGUAGUUUUAGCCUUAGUCCUUAUUUAGAUGCAAAUGCAAUCACCAAACUGUUGUAGUUGAAGUUAGCAUCAUAUGUCCCUUUAUCUUUUCUUUCCACCACUCAUCCUUUUUAU